CCAUGGGCUGCUGCACCACUUGCGUGUGGUAUGCACCGUCGUCAUGGGCUGCUCCACCACUCUCUCUUCGCCUCUUCUCCCCCACAACCACCACCACCGCAACCCUAACCCUAACCCUAAACUUCACCUCACGCGCCGCUCCAUCCUUUUCCUCUCCACCUCCGUCUCCCUUCCCUCCACCCUCUCCUCCGCCACCACCUCGCCACCACCAGACACCACUGUCACCGAUAGAGUCUUCAUGGACUUCAGCAUAUGCCCAAAUUACUUCCAAAACCGAACCCUGGGCGACGAACUCUCUCUCUGCACCGACACGGAACCCUUGGGCCGCCUCAUCCUCGGCCUCUACGGCAACCUCGUCCCUCUCACCGUCUCCAAUUUCAAAGCCAUGUGUUGCGGUUCGUCCGGUUCGACCUACAAGGGUACUUUGGUUCAGAAAAUAUUCCCCGGCGAGUUCUUCAUGGCCGGCAGGCAAGGCCGGCGAGACAGGGGAGAGGUGAAGCCGCCGUUAGAUUUGGUUCGGAACACUGAGACCGUCGAUUCUAGGGCCUUUAUGUUAGGCCAUUCGAGGUCAGGACUUGUUUCGCUUUGCUUGUCAGAGAAUGAUGACUAUGAUGAGAUUAAGCUCAACCCAGAUUACCGAAAUGUGGAGUUCUUGAUCACCACUGGACCUGGUCCAUGCCCUCAGCUUGAUAAUAAGAACAUUAUUUUUGGUACUGUGCUUGAAGGGUUGGAUAUCGUGACAGCAAUAGCUUCAAUCCCUACAUAUAAACCAGGUGAAAGAAUCCGCCAAUACAACGGUUUUGCCGAGUUUCUUGGAGAUGAAAGAGCCAAAAAUGCCCGUGCAAUCUGGAACAAGCCUCUUAAGACUGUCUAUAUCAGCGACUGCGGAGAGCUGAAAGUGGCAAAGCCUUCCCUUCCUCCUAGUCUCCCUUAGCACCAUAUAAGUGUUCGUUCGGUAUCCAUGACAUACAUUUGUUUGUUACUUGUUAGUAAUCUUGACAAAGAUUAUUUCAUAACUUAUAUACGUUGAAAAGAAAACAAACUCUCUUAGUCAUAAAAGUUGAAAAGUAAUCAUAAAAAUUGUAUUAGAGGUUGAAGAGUAAUCAUAAAAAUUGUCUUAUUGCCCCCUCAUACUCAUGAAUUGUAUUUAACUUAUUAAUCCAAUAAAUAUAGUAUGUGACUUUCUGAUUC